AUGUCUGAAAGAACAAAAUUUUGUAAAAGUAGAAGCUCUGUAAUUGUUGCACCUAUACAAAAGCCACGUAUCACUAAAAGGCUUUCUUUCCCAGAUAUACCGCUUGAACUGCCCAAGCUGAAACUGUCAUGUCGAAGUGUAACCUUCCCCAUAAUUAAGCGAGACAGGGUCAGCAUGAUUAUUCAAGACCUGCAUCGCCAGCAAGGCACACAAUCUCCACGUUCCCCUGACUCAGGAAACAAAUCAAGCUCGAGCUUAUGAUUAGAAAAGCUUCCAACCACAAUUAAAAAAGAAGUCAAAGCUUUUAGAAUUAAGAAAAGAUUUCAAAAUAUGAACGAUUUUAACCGUCGAAUUCCUCAGGAUGAUCCUUUGGAGUGCUAUUAUGAAAAUUUGCCAUAUAUUGAAGAUGUCUUACAAGAAAACAGAGAAAAGCAUUAUCAGAAAAUGUCGAAAUUGAUACUCCCAGUCUAUGAGGAGUCUAAUGAAAGCGUUGAAAUGGCUGUGUAA